AUGGGUUGUUCCUCAACAAAAACUUAAAUAGAGAAAAUAAAAAAGGAUUUGGAAGUUCAAAAAAAAAAUUUAUAAAAUUUGAAUGAAAAACUUAAAUUAUUAGAAGAAGAAAUCGAAAAAUUGGAUAAUUAAUAGAGGUAUGAUGAAGCAGAUAUAAAGGAUUUAGGUAUUUUUAAAUAACAUUUUAGAAUUUUAACAAUUAUCAAAAGAAAAAAAAAUACUUCAUUAAGAUAUAAAAAGAAGAAAAAAAACAUUGGCAAGAUAUGAACAAAUUGGUAAGUAAGCCAAGAGUUUAGAAGAAUAAAAUUAAAUAAAUAAAAAAACUAUAUAAUUAAAGACAACAACAAAAAAAUUAUUAGUAAAGAGAGCAGAGAUAAAUAAUCAAAUUAAAGUUAUAAAUGAAGAAAUAUAAGUUUGUGGCAACGAUUCUCCAGAAUAAUCAGACAUGGAGGAAAGCUAAUACAAACCACAACGAAAUAGAAAUCAAUGUAGAAAUUAAAAUCAAUAUGAAAAUCCAAAUAGUAAUUCAAACCUACAUCAAUUUAAAAAUUAAGAACCAUAGUAAUUAUAUCCCCCUGCAAAUUAAGCUUAUGCUUUUGAACCAUUAAAAAUAGAAAAUAAUAAAAGUAAACAAAUGUUUUAGCAGCCUCUAUAAUAAUCAGUUUUAACAAAUUGA